AUGACUGUUGUGUCCUGUGAGAUCCAGGACGAGACUGUGGUAGUUUCUCCCCUCUACCAAGAUGAUUGCGACGUGGAGCGGGGCGAUCAGGAGUGCAGCGAGAGGGUCGUCAUCAACAUCUCGGGACUGCGCUUCGAAACUCAACUGAGGACCCUCUCGCGCUUUCCUACCACGCUCUUGGGAGACCCACGUAAAAGGAUGCGCUUUUUCGAUCCGUUGAGAAAUGAGUACUUUUUUGACAGGAAUAGACCCAGCUUUGAUGCCAUUCUCUAUUAUUACCAGUCUGGAGGAAAGCUUAGGAGACCUGUCAACGUUACCAUGGACAUUUUCAUGGAAGAAAUGACAUUUUAUGAAAUCGAAGAGGAAGCAAUUGAUAUGUUUAAAGAAGAUGAAGGUAUGAUCAUAGAGGUGGAACGUGCGAUGCCUGACAACGAGUUUCAGCGACAGUUGUGGCUGUUGUUUGAGUACCCGGAGAGCUCAGGGCCUGCCCGGAUGAUCGCUGUCGUAUCAGUCAGUGUGAUUGUAAUAUCCAUUGUGAUCUUCUGUCUAGAGACUUUACCACAGUUCAGAGAAGAUACCAGCGCAAACCUACCAUUAAGUAAUCACCAUACCACGAAUGGGACGACUCUCCAUAAAAAACCCAAUCUAUUCACAGAUCCGUUUUUUAUGGUGGAGACACUUUGCAUCGUGUGGUUUUCCUUUGAGUUUCUCGUGAGGUUUUUAUCUUGCCCGAGCAAACCGGCUUUUUUCAAAAACGCAAUGAACUCCAUCGAUAUCUUAGCGAUAGCACCUUAUUUCAUCACCCUUGGCCUUGAACUAGCAGAGCAACAGGAAGCAGGAAGCGAGCAGGCCAUGUCGUUAGCCAUACUCAGAGUCAUCCGUUUGGUUCGAGUGUUCAGGAUUUUUAAACUUUCCAGGCACUCCAAGGGUCUCCAAAUCCUGGGUCAGACACUCCACGCCAGCAUCAGCGAACUCGGGCUUUUGAUAUUCUUUCUUCUCAUAGGGGUUAUUCUGUUCUCCAGCGCAGUUUACUUUGCAGAGGCAGACGACCCUGAAUCAGGAUUCUCAAGUAUCCCCGCCGCGUUCUGGUGGGCGGUGGUGUCCAUGACAACGGUUGGAUAUGGAGACAUGUGCCCGGUUACUAUUGGUGGCAAAAUAGUGGGAUCUAUGUGUGCCAUUGCAGGAGUGCUGACCAUAGCCCUACCUGUCCCUGUUAUCGUGUCCAAUUUUAACUACUUUUAUCACAGAGAGCGUAAUGACGAGGAAACCGCUGUGUAUACCCACGUGACUUGUGGUCAACAGAACGUUUCAUUCGGAGAAUUCAAAUCGACCAGCGACAGCAGACAGUCCCUCACCAAUUCAGAGUACACGGAAGAGGAUUCUUGCGAGACUAUCAGAUUAACAAACUUCAACCCAUUUGAACAUUACACUGGCAAACUGACGGAUGUAUGAAAAACAAGCAUCGGCCUAGUUGAGCAGGGAAAAAACCGUCUCUAGUACAAGAUCCGAGACCCUUGCCUUUCUGCUACACUUGAAAGAAAAUGCAAGCAAUUCCAUAUAUAUCUGUAACUGGAAAAGUCAAGAUAGGGAUCAAACGUCACACACUUGUCCCAUGAACUACUGGCCAGUAAUGUGAGAUGACAGGUGCUGCUGCAGCAUCCAAUGGAGAGCCCCUUGAACAAACUACCAAUCUGAAUGUUCAAUGAACCUUUCAAUGUACUUUGCAAUGUAUUCAAUGAACUGGAAUGACUACUGUGUAGAUAUCCUGUAAUGUAUGGUUGUAAAUAUGCCUUUAAAAAAAAAUGCUAUCCUUAUGUUCUCAGCUCAGAAUCGAAAUGUGAACAUGCCUUGCUCUGUGUGCCUUUGUGGAAAGUUUUGAAGGAACUACUUGUGUAGUCCUUUAUUUUAUAUAACUAUUUAUUGUACACAAAUUCAAAUUUAGCUGUAAAUGGUCCUUGGGAAGGAAUCACUGGUGUUAAAAUAAUUUGCCCAUAGGAAUUUGAAUUAUGUCUGCAUGUAAAGAGAAAUCAAUAGUUCUCUAAAAUGUUAAUGAAAGGUCUAUUUCUAUUUUUCUAAGAUUGUAAAAUUGUAUGUGAACUUUUGAACUAUAUUUUUUAAAUAAAUAAAUCCUCAUUUUG